AUCAAUGAUAAAACCAAACUUUUCAACACAUAAGUCUUAAAACAUUUCAAAUAUUUAAGUCUAAAAACAACUACAAACAUAAAAAUCCAUCAUUUGGAGCUUGCAAUUAUAGUAUUUUGGUUUUUCGGUCGGAAAUUCGGUUCGGUUGAAAGAGCCCUGAUUUCCGAACUAUCCAUAUUUUCCUUCCGAAUUUCGAACCCGAAUAGCAUUAAUUCGGUUUUGGUUCGGUUUAAUUUGGUUUCGGUUCGGGUUUACCGAACCGUUUGCCCACCCUAGCUAAAUGUCUAACCCAAGUAGUAGUACCAUCCCAAAAAUAUUUUUUUGCUACAUAUGGUUACAUCAUAUGGGAAAAAAGGAAGAAAAAAAAAUUACUCUAAAUAUAAUUUCCUAGACAGAACAGGAAAAAAGAGUUCCAGUUGUAAACGAAGUCUUUUUCUUCCUCUAUAUUCCUAUUAAAUUCCGAAACUCGGGAUUAUUAAUACGUACUCGUUAAGAAGGCGAAAUCCUUGCUGCCGCGACUACACGACACACUCUCUCGAGUCUCGGCACUACCUGUGUACGUUCGUACCAUUGACACCGAUGGCGGCGGCGGCGGCGGCGGCGACGGAAGCUGGGAUAUUCGAGCCACCGACGGCGGCUCUAUACGUCGGCGACGUCGAGGCACAAGUCACGGAAGCGCAGCUCAUCGACAUAUUUUCAGGCUUCCAUGGCUACCUUUCGGCUUCUCUGGUCCGUAAUAGCAGCUCUCUCACCAACAAUGGAGGUCCUCGCUGCUAUGCCUACGUCAAUUUCUCUACUCUUGAACAAGCAAGGCAGGCCAUGGAAGCAACUAAUCACAGAGUUGUCAAUGGAAAAGCAAUUAGAGUGAUGGAGGCCCAAUCCAACGCCGAAACACGAACCAGUGGGAUUGGCAACAUUUUUGUCAAGAAUCUACACGAUUCCAUUGACAAUGCAAAGCUGGAGGAAAUAUUCUCCAAGUACGGGAGGAUCCUGUCCUGCAAAGUGACAGUCUCUGAAGAUGGCAACAGCAAAGGCUAUGGCUUUGUUCAAUUCGAGUCCCCAGAAUCUGCCUCCCUUGCAAUUGAAUCCGCCGAUGGCUCCAUCGUUGAAGGCAAAAAAUUAUCCGUUAGUAAGUUCAUGAGAAAGGAAGAGCGAUUCAAUCCGGAGAAUCCCGAAGAGUACCGAAAUCUCUACUUCAAGAACUUGGACGACAAUGUGAGCGAAGAGAUGUUGAGAGAGAGAUUCUCGGAAUUUGGAGAGAUCACAAGUCUCCUCGUCUCCAAAGACGAGGAUGGCAGAUCCAAAGGGUUUGGCUUUGUCAAUUUUAAAGAAACAGCCGCGGCACAACAAGCGCAACGGUCCAUGAACAUGAUCCAACUUGGUUCCAAGGUGUUGUACGUAGCAAGGGCUCAAAAGAAGAGUGAACGACAACAAUCACUGCGGCAGCAAUCUGAGCAGCGAAGUGAGUGGUUGCAAAAAUACAAGAACUGCAACUUGUACGUGAAGAACAUCAACGACGAUGUGGACGAUGCCCAACUGCGCGACCACUUCAGCAAAAUCGGCAGUGUCGUCGCAACCAGAAUCAUGAGAACAGAGAACGGCGUAAGCAAAGGCUUUGGGUUCGUCUGUCUGUCCACUGUCGAUGAAGCCGCCAAAUCUGUCACCCUUCUCAACGGAAGUCUGUUCCAUGGGAAGCCUCUGUAUGUCGCCAUAGCCCAAACCAAAGAAGAAAGGAGACGGUUCCUUGAAGCCGUCCACGCCAAAAGAAACGCUGCAGCAGCUCCCCUGUUUCCCAUUCCACCGUUCGCCUUUCCUCCUUUCCUCCCGCCGCCGCCGCCGUUUCUCCAUCAACCACCGUUCCCAUUCCCUCCCAUGCCGGGUUUUGCCUUCCCACCGCCUCUGCUACCAAAUCACAUUGCGAACUGCAUGGGCCGUCCUCCAUUGCCAUUCCGUCGACAAGGCCGCUUCAAUAACGCUGGUGCGAUGUUCCGGAGACCGGGUUUUGCACCGAUGGCUGCAAACCGGGUGCUACCACCACCACCGCAACAGGAAAAGCCAGAUGAAAAGAGCAGGAGGGACUCUAAUCAGAGCGAAGAAGAAGAUUGGAGCAGCCAUCUUGCUGCUGCAUCGCCACAACGACGAGAAGAAAUGAUUUGGGAUCGUCUCUUACCCUUGGUUCAGAAGCUCAAGGGUGAACUAGCGCCUCGAAUUACUCGGAUUCUGAUGGAGUUGGACCAUGCAGAGCAGCUCGUGCUGCUCGAAUCCGCCGAAUCGCUGGCUGCUAAAGUCGAGGAAGCAGAGAACACUAUCAACCAGACAAGCAACAACUAGCUAGUAACUGUUGCAGUUUUGAAGCUUUGCAAGAGCAUUAGACAUUCAAUAGUCGUCGGCUUAACUAGAUGCUGCUCUGCUGUUUUGGACCUUUACAAGCAUUGCAUAAUAGAUGGGAUAAUAUCAAUAUAUCUAUAAAGAUAUUAGGAUCCC